AUGAUUAAACUGCAUCUGGAAGCCCGGAAUGAUGAGAAAUCAGCAACCGCAGAUGCGACAGUCAUCAUGAAAGUCUUCGAUCGGCGGUUUGCUACUCAGCUUCAAAAAGACGAAAAACUUCAACCUUGGACAGCCAUUAUCCAGAAAGAUUAUCAUCAUUUGUUUCUUGUUGCGCUCAAUAAUGAUGGUGACGUCGCAAAGCAGGAUGAGCCAUGGAAUAAAGUCCAGGAAGAGGCAUAUCUGCAUGAUCAUCUCUUAGAUCUAUACAAGACAGAACUUAUGGUCUACAAUUUACUGAAGGAUUUACAAGGGAAAGAUAUUCCUGGUUUGUUUGCCACUGUUCUCAUACCAGGAACUGAUACAGAUAUACUAGAACCAGUCACUCAAGGCUUUCCUGGGAUUCUUUCAAAACAUAUUGAAGGAUUUCCUUUGACUAAUAUCGCUCAUCACGCUCCAAAGGAAACCUGGCAAUCUAUCUGUGAUGAAGCUAUCAGGAUUCUUCAUUUACUGGGCGAUCGGGGAAUUCUCAAUGAGGAUGUUAAAACCAGGAGCUUCAUCGUCAAUCUGGAUUCCGAACAGCCAAAAAAUUCAAAGUGA